CCGAGGGCUCGAUUGCUGAAGGAUAUAUUGCUGAGGAGUGUUUGACAUUUUGUUCGAGAUAUCUUGAAGGUGUUGAAACGGUUUUCAAUCGACCUCAAAGGAAUUGUGAUAUCAUAGAGAAUGCAGAUGUUUACAAGUUCUCAUCUGGCGGAAGAGUUUUGGGAAAAGUUGAAAGUGUUGUUCUUGACCAGAAAUCGUUGGCACAGGCACAUCGCUAUGUCUUACUUCAUAGUGAUAUAAUAUCCGAGUCUCGCAGAGAAUUUUUAAUAGCUCAGCGAAGUCUCAACCAUAACAUUCGUCCUACACCAAGGAUUGAGCAACGAUGGUUGGUUGAGUUAUUUCCAGAAUGGCUUUUCGAACAGGUACCGGUGAUGAUGGAGAGGAAUUGUUCUGAGGAGUUAAUAGUCAUUGCUCGAGGUCCGAAUAAUAUUGUCAACAGAUAUGAUGGGUUUAUUAUAAAUGGUUUUAAAUUUCAUACUCAAGAGCGUGAGAAAUUUAGAAAAACCCAAAAUAGUGGAGUAAUGGUUGAGGCGGAUGGGAAAAAUUAUUAUGGUGCUCUAACAGAUAUUUAUGAGUUGGAUUAUUAUGGAAAGUUUAAGGUAGUAUUAUUUCGAUGUAAUUGGGUGGAUAUAAACUCACCUAGAGGUUUGAGGCAAGAUAUAAAUGGCUUCACACUAGUAAAUUUUUCAAGGUUGAUACAUACAGGUGUGCUAUUGAAAGAUGAUCCAUUUGUUUUUUCAUCUCAAGCUCGACAAGUAUUUUUUGUACAAGACUCAAAAGAUAAAAAUUGGUCUCUUGUUAUUAAGACGAAACCUAGGGACUUGUAUGAUAUGGGAAAAAGGUUGGAAGAGGAGGACGAUGAUACUUAUACUCAGUGUAUGCCUUAUAAUGUUGUGCCAACUGAUGAAGUAAAUGCGCCAAUGAGUUUGAUCAGGAUGGAUGUUGAAUGAGAAUGUAGUUUCAUAAUGGUAAGUACAAUUUAUGAAGCAUACGUUGAAUGAGUUAUUA